CUUUCCAUUCACCCUGUCUCAUCCUAAUCCGUGAUUCCUCAUCGUCCUGCGUCGCCGCCGUCGCCGCCUUCCCGGUCGAUGAAAUCGACGCCGAUCAUCCGAACACGUCUUGCUGACGUCGAUCUCGUAAAAAGAAAGUAGUGAGAAUGCUUUUGUAACUGCAAUUAAACUGGCAAUCGAGGGAGAGUUUUUUUUCGCAUUUGGAUGGCCUCUGAGACACUUUGUACAAGUCUAAAAGGGAAAAAGAUUUGUGGUGAAAAUAAAGUUAAUGAAAUUCAUUUAAGAGAAUGUCAAAGUUGCUCAUACGAGUCCCAUGGCAAAUUCCACUCUAUGAGUGGUAAUGGCUCUACAAAUUUGAGCAGAUGCUUGCAUAAAGGGAGUGCUCAAAAUCUUGGUCCAUUAAGUGCUAUGCCCAAUCAAUUAGAUCUUCCCUCAGAAAUCCCAGUGGAUAGACCAAUAUCUAAGCAGCGUAUGAAACAUGAAAGGGACAGCACUCUGCAAGAACUGUACUUGCAAGAUGAGUACGAUGAUGAGGAUGAUAGCGAUUGGGAGCCUGUCAGUCCUUUUAUCAUCAAAAAAUGGUUUUGUACUAAUUGCACAAUGCCAAACUUUGAUGAUGUUUGCCAUUGUGAGGUGUGCGGUGAGGAUAGAGAAUGUGAGUUCUUUAGGCUUGGUCCUUCUGAAUCUCCCAUACAGCAGGAAGUUAAGCUGGCCAUUAACUCUGAUGGAAGUCACAGCCACCAAGAUUUGUGUUCAAAAUCAAGAACUGUUAUUGGGUUUGAUGAGAGAAUGUUGCUUCAUACAGAGGUCGAGAUGAAGUCACAUCCUCACCCGGAAAGACCUGAUCGUCUUAAAGCAAUUGCAUCUAGCUUGGCUGUAGCAGGAAUUUUCCCAGGCAAAUGCUACGCAAUACCAGCUAGAGAAAUAACAAAAGAAGAACUUUUACGGGUUCACACUUUGGAUCACAUUGAAGCAGUUCAACACACAAGCCAUAUGCUUGCCAGUUACUUUACUGCUGACACUUAUGCCAACGAGCAUUCAGCAUCUGCUUCUAGGCUUGCAGCAGGAUUAUGUGCAGAUCUUGCUUGCACAAUAUUGUCUGGUAGUGCAAAGAAUGGCUUUGCUAUGGUUAGACCACCUGGGCAUCAUGCAGGUGUUGCACAAGCAAUGGGCUUUUGCCUCCAUAAUAAUGCUGCAGUUGCAUCAUUAGCUGCUCAAAGUGCUGGUGCUAAGAAAAUCUUGAUUGUUGAUUGGGAUGUGCAUCAUGGAAAUGGCACACAAGAGAUAUUCGAGGGCAACAAAUCGGUUCUGUAUAUAUCAUUACAUAGGCAUGAAAAUGGAAGGUUCUAUCCUGGAACUGGAGCUGUUGAUGAGGUUGGCAGUAUGGAUGGUGAGGGAUUUUCUGUAAACAUUCCUUGGAACUGUGGAGGCGUGGGAGAUAAGGAUUACAUUUUUGCUUUUCAGCAUGUUGUCAUUCCAAUAGCUCUUCAAUUUGACCCCGACAUCACAAUUGUUUCAGCAGGCUUUGAUGCAGCACGUGGUGAUCCUCUUGGUUGUUGCGAUGUCACGCCUGCUGGAUAUGCUCAGAUGACACACAUGCUUAGUAGCGUCUCUCAAGGGAAGUUGCUGGUCAUCCUGGAAGGAGGCUAUAAUCUUCGUUCCAUAUCUUCAUCAGCUACCGCAGUGGUCAAGGUGUUACUUGGCGAAAAUCCUAGUCCUCAGUUGAAUAACAAUGUGCCUUCGAAAGCAGGUCUACAAACUAUUCUGCAAGUAAUGGAAGUUCAGAUGAAGUAUUGGCCAAUCUUGAAACCUGACUUUAUGAUGCUUCAAUCACAAUGGAAUAUGGUUGCUGCUGCUAUCAAAGAUCUAUAGCAAUUACAAGUCCAUACCGAGUGGUGCCUUAUUUUGGAUGAAUCUUUCCUCUGCUGUUGUUAGGAGAUCAGAUUAAAAGGCUGGCACAUCCAAUUGGUCCGGUAUGGUGGAAAUGGGGAAGCAAGCAGUUCAUAUACAAACGCGUCUAUGGCAAGCCGUAUUGGAGAAGGCGUCUACGAUUCAGAGUUGGUUGAUGCUACAAGCCAAGCCAGUUUCCAAAUGCUGUGUAUCACUUUGAUUCAAAGCCCAGAGAAUCAACAAUAACCGAGAUGUUAACCUAUUGACUAGCCAGCAAUCUGCAGAUUUAUCUGCACAGUUUUGCCAUGGAUUUCGUUCGUUGUUUAGAGAUGUUCCAUUUGACACGAAUAUACUCGGUGUUAUUUGAUAUUACUGUGUUUAGUUGCAGUAAUUUUAUCUUCUCAAGUUUAGAGAUCUACGCCCAGCUUAUUGCAUUUUCAAAUGCCUCUGUUAUGUGAAGAAGUAGCUUAACAAUAGUAGUGAUGUUUAAACAGUUGAUAUGUUUACAAAACAGUAGUAACAAAUGACUUGAAUUUAUUUUA